AUGUUAUGGAAAAAUAACCUGUUCUGUGGAACGAUAAUGUAUGAAAUUUGUAAUCUCAGCUUGCGUUUAAUAAUAGGCUCAUGUUAUGGUUACUAGUUAUUAUCAAUCUCUCCCAACUCUGAUUGUUCUACUUACUCUAACUCAGCAACUGUUAAAUUUACAGAGGCUGCUACUUCAACUAAUUGCCUAGGUAUUGCAACUUUAGAAGGAUAAUGCUAGAUCAAAGCAAGUGGUGAUCCAUUUGGUUGGAAUGGAGCGUAAAAUACUGUUAAAUAGUGUGUUAGUGCUCCUGCUGAUUAUGUUGAUGAAAAAUAUGUAGAGUCUAUUUCUGUAAAAGAGUACAGUUUCUGGAAAAGAUGUGUAGAUAUCCCUGCAACUUUUGAUACAAUAAUUUGGAAAUAAUGCAACCUUUCCAAGAUGCAGAUCCAUGCUAAUGGACAGGAAUAGCCAACAAAUUUUCUUAGGAUAAUGCUCCUGAUUCAACCGUUUUUUUUUUUUUUGCUUGAUAAUCAAGAUAAAGUUUGUUUGUGCAUCUUCAACAGUGUAAUAAUUCAAAUGAUACCCAUUGCAUAAAAUGUCAUUGCUUCCCUCGAUAAUUUUAUAAAUACUAAAUUAUACAAUAAGGACUUGUAUUAAUGCCCCUGCAACUUUAGCAAUGCAGUUUAUGCUAAUUAUCUCACAAAUUACACAAUAAAAAGGAAGGUAGAUGUGUGGCUAAAUGCACAUAUUCAGAUACUAUUAUUGAUAUAGCUUGCAAAACAGCCUUAAAUGGCAAAGCAAUAUGAAUGGCAUCAUCAACAUAACUUCAAUGAGCAUUGCGGAAUAUGA